AUGUCAGUGACGAAGCAAAAUCAGAACCAAGCGGCGGCGGCGCGUGAGUUAAAGCAGAAAGUGCUACUCUGCCUUCACAAACUCUCCGACCGGGAUACUCAUAAGGCCGCCGCCGUAGAGCUCGAAAGCAUCGCAAAAGACUUAACUCCGGACACGCUUCCGUCUUACAUCUCUUCCAUCACCGCCACUGAUUCCGCCGACAAAUCCACCGUCCGGAAGCAAUGCCUUAACUUAAUUACCAUCCUCGCCGUCCAACACGGCAAUUCUCUCUCCCCUUACAUCUCUAAACUACUCUCCGCCGUCCUCCGCCGUCUCCGGGACUCCGACACCUCUAUCAGGGCGGCCUGCGCGUCGGCCGCCUCCGCCAUUGCGGCUCAUGUCACUAAACCCUCAUUCUCUACUCUGACAAAGCCCUUCAUCGAAGCGCUUUUCACGGAACAAGAGCAGAAUUCGCAGAUCGGCACGGCUUUAUGUUUGUCAGCGGUGAUUGAGGCGGUGCCGGAGCCGGAUUUGGCGAUGUUGAGGAAAUUGUUGGGGAGGUUUGAGAAAUUGGUCAAGUGUGAUUCGUUUAAAGCGAAAGCAGGGGUAUUGGGGCUGAUUGGUAGCGUGAUUGAAGUUGGGGCAGUGGGAUCAGCGAAUGGGAAUGCUGCCAGGAAUUUGGUUACAUGUUUGAUGGAGUUAUUGAGCAGUGAAGAUUGGGCAGCGAGGAAAGGAGCUGCGGAGAGUUUGAUGAAACUUGCUCUGGUGGAGAAGGAAUCUCUGCGGGAACUUAAAUUUGGGUGUCUGAAAACUUUUGAGGCCAAAAGAUUCGAUAAGGUGAAGGUAGUGAGGGAGACCAUGAACCAGAUGGUGGAGGCGUGGAGGGAGAUUCCUGAUGAAUCUGAUGAGCCUGACAUCUCCAAUCUCGAAUCACAGUCUUCAACUAAAGAUGUUGCAAGUGAAGUGCGACACACACUUGCUCCUAAAACUUCCUGCACUAUUUCCUCUGGUGCACCUCAAUUGAAGAAGAAACUUUUCAGUAGCAAGUCAUCUUUGUGCAAUGGUUCUUGGGUGGCAUCAGGCAGUAAAAGGAAUCUUGUGCUCGGUGCUGAAAAGAAAACAGGACCAGCCAUGUUCAGGAAACUGGACCCGAAGAAACCUUCAGAUUCAAAAUCUAAAACUUUUAUUCCCACUGAUUUUGGAAAUGAGAUUUCUGAAGGUAAUCCUACAAAUAAAUUUGAAAAGAGCAUUGAGAAAGGUGAAGAGAGAAACAAAUUGUCGAAAGCACAUAAUAAGAGGAGCCUUUUCAUCAAGUCCGGUUUUCGUGUUGUCCCUUGUGAGGAUGAGAUCUCUGACGCUACGGUGGUUGUUAGUAAUGAAACUAGUGAGAUCAAGAACCUAAAGGACUCUGAGGAUCUCUCAUUAAUUCGAAAGCAACUUGUUCAAAUUGAAAAUCAGCAGUCCAAUCUGCUUGAUUUGCUCCAGAAAUUCAUGGGGAGCUCUCAAAGUGGGAUGCAGUCUCUUGAGACACGGGUUCAUGGUUUAGAACUGGCGUUGGAUGAAAUUUCCUUUGACCUUGCUGUUUCGACUGGAAGGAUGUCGACUGGUGCUUCAUCUGGAACCACGUGUUGCCGACUACCAGGUGCCAACUUCUUGAGUUCAAAGCUCUGGAGGAAAACACAACAGAAGCAUUCCUCGUCAAGGUUAAUUUCAUCUCGUGGACCUACAGCAUCAAAUUCAAUCUACAACAAAGCAAAUGAAACUGGAGAUCCUCAACCUUUGAAAUUGGAAAGUAGGAGAUCUCGCUUCCAAGGUGGUCAUGGCGUUAUAAGAAACCCUUUGGCCAAGAUACCCAGUGAACUCCAAGAUACAGAUUUGAGAAUGGACACUGGGUGCUUUAGCAAGUGGGUUGGGUUUUGUAACAUGCAAAAAUCUGUGCAUUUUGAAAGGAAGUCAUUGAAGAAGAGACAGAAGGGUUACUUGAAGGGAGAAUUAAGGAAUAUGGGUAUGCAGAGGGAAAGCCCAAAGAAAGUUUCUCCCUUGAAGCAGAAGACGUUGACCUUGCAACAUCUUUUUGAUCUUGAUUCUCCAAGAAAUUGUGGAUUGAGAGACUGCUCAGAUUCCCAAACUGAGGAAAUUUUCUCUUUGCUCGCACAUUGUUCUGUGGUAUAUACAUUCAAUGACCCUGAAGAAUCAACUUCACAACAAGAUCUCAAGAGGGUUAAGCUCAUUCGGCUUCUUUCACUUAUUAAGUCCUUGAAAGUGGCAUUGAAGCAUCACGAUUUAUCGUCUAUUUUUGCCCUGUUAUCAGCCAAUCUAUUCCGCCCUAUCAAUCCUACUAGUUGUUCUUUUAUCCCUAUUUUGCCCGAUGAUGAAGAACCUGUUGACAUCCCUUCGGCUUCUUGGUCGCAUUUGCAAAUUGUUUUUGACAUACUACAACUUCUGCUAUUGAAGACUGAUGUGAAGAGACUUCAAGUGCACAUAGAUCACUCUUUCCUGAUCAGUCUACUUAAUCUAUUCCGGUCAGAGGAUCCAAGGGAGCGCGAAAGCCUCAAGAACGUGUACCAUCAGAUAUAUGCCAAGUUCACUUUCUACAGAUCAUUCAUGCGUAAAGCAAUGAAUGAUGUCUUCUUGCACUACAUUUUUGAGCAGGAUGGUCAGAGGCAUUGUGGAAUCGGAGAACUUCUCGAGAUAUGGGGAAGCAUCAUCAAUGGCUUCACGGUUCCUCUGAAAGAAGAGCAUAAGCUUUUCUUGAUGAGAGUCCUGAUCCCCUUACACAAGCCUAAAGGGAUGCAAGUAUACCACAGGCAAUUGACUUAUUGUGUCAUUCAAUUUGUCCAAAAGGAGCCAGUUCUUGGGGGUAUUGUUGUCAAAGGGAUUUUAAGAUAUUGGCCAGUAACAAAUUGUCAGAAGGAAGUUCUGCUCAUUGGGGAGUUGGAGGAUCUGGUGGAAAAUUUACAUCCUGAAAAGUGCAAGCCUAUAGCUACGCCUUUGUGUACUCAAAUCACCAGGUGUAUGAACAGUUGGAACUCACAGGUCGCAGAGCGCGCUCUAUACGUGUGGAACAGGGAACGGUUUGUGAAGAUGGCGUCGCAAGAAGAGGUGUAUCGGUUAGUGGUCAAAAGUGUUGAGAAGAAUCUCAAGCAUCACUGGAGCAAUGUUGUCAGGAAAUUGACUGAGAAUGUGAAGGAAACGCUUCAAGAAUCGGAUCCAAGUCUGUACUCCAAGUGUGCUUCCCAGCUUGAACUUGAAGAAUCUGAAGCAAAACACCGGGAGAUGAGGAAGAAAAAGAUGUGGGAGAGGAUAGAAAUGGCUGCAAAAAGUAGCAAUGGAAACACACAUGUUCCAACUGAUGAUAUUCGGCCUGGGGGUUGUGGUGUCCAAGUGCUUUUGUGA